AUCGCCUGUGUUUGCCAACAGCAUCGUCUGGGAAGCUCUGGCCCCAGGUGUACACUACGGAAUAGAGCUGCCGCAACACGCAACGACGACGCCGGUCGCAACAUGGAGCAGCCACAGCCUGCGCCGGGCUCGCUGAGCUGGCGCUUGAGCUCGCAUCCAAUAACGCUCUUGACCUUCUUGGGGUUUCGAGUGUCUAGCCUUCUCGUCUACCUCUUCGGCCUCCUCUUCACCAACAACCUGGUCAUGAUCUUCAUCAUCACCAUCCUGCUCCUCGCCGCCGACUUCUACUACCUCAAGAAUAUUGCCGGCCGCCGGCUGGUCGGCCUGCGCUGGUGGAACGAGGUGGACCCGGCGACGGGCGAGUCGCACUGGGUCUUCGAGAGCAGCGAGCCGGGCACCAAGGUCGUCAACGCGACCGACAGCCGCUUCUUCUGGAUCGCCAUCUACGCGCAGCCGCUCUUCUGGAUCGCGCUGGCCCUCGUCGCCGUGCUGACCCUCAAGUUCAUCUGGCUGCCGCUUGUUGCUAUCGCGCUCGUCUUGACCAUCACCAACUCGCUCGCGUUUUCGAGGUGCGACAAGUUCAGCCAGGCCUCGAACUUGGCCGGAAGCGCCUUCAGUAGCGGCAACCUGGCUGGGAGUAUCGCGAGCAACAUGGUUGGAAGGUUCUUCUCCAGGUGAAACGGUACGCUUAGGACGUGUGAGGGCCGACUUCUGCGGUACGAAAGGCGCUCCCUUCCUCUGUGAUGGAGACAUCGCAGCUGGGGCGUCGUUACGGCAACGCCGUUGCUCCAAAGACCCGGGUUUGGUAAAGUAUACGAUAGGGACAUUUUGACAGUGGGGUAU